AUGGGUUCAACAACUAUCGUUGAUGAAAUUAAAGAUAUAUUAAAUGCAGAAGUCUAUAUUGAUCUUGAUAAAUUAAGAGAGCUUUCUCGUCGUGGUAUUCCAAAGGAAGUACGUGGAGCAGUAUGGAAGUAUUUACUCGAAGUAAAUCCUGCUGAUAGAUCGCAGGAAUUAACAAGUACUAAAGCAAAAUAUCAAGAAUAUUCAGCUAUAGAUAAAGAAAACUUUGAGAUAACAAGAAUUCGUGGAGAAGUUAGUAGAUAUCAAAAAACUUACUUGAAUCAUAAUAGAGAUAUAGAAUAUUACCCGGCACUUAUACAUUUAUGUGGUCCGUUUGUUUACUGCAUUAGAAACGAAGCCGAGGUUUACUAUUGUUUCGAAAGAUUAAUGGGAACAUUAGUCAUCUUAUUCAUAGAUGGAUCUUCAAUUAAUUCUUAUUUAGAUGAAUACAAUUCAACUCAUAAUAUAAAUGAAAGAGUUGCCAAUUUUAUGACAUUAUUUAGAUCAAUAAUACCUGACCUAUGUAAUUAUUUCGAAGAGGAAGAAGUUGAUAUUAAUGAUUGGUCAUCUUCAUGGUUACAAUAUUUGUUAGCUAAAGAACUUCAAUUUGAUAAUUUAUUACGUCUUUGGGAUACUUAUUUUUCAAUUGAUGAUCCAAUUGAAUUCCAUUCCUAUGUAUGUUUAGCUGUAUUAAAACAUAAUAAAGAAUAUCUUGAAGAAUUAGAACAGUCGGAAAUUAGAACUUUAUUGUUAAGAUUGCCAUCAAUGGAUAUGGGACAAAUUAUCAAUCAAGCUUUUAAUAUUAGACAUGAAAUACUAGAAAAAGAAAUUUCUGAUUCACUUUGA